GGCGAACGGUCGCUCUCCGCCGCCGGAGCUCCGGCCGUGGCUGCGCAGCGGCGCCCAGUGCCGUCGCCGGGGCCGGUCAGUGGGCUCGGGCAGCCGCCAGCCCUGUCACACCUGGCUUCACCGAACGCCAUGGCCGCGGCCAGUCGCUGCCCGCUCCUGGGCCUGCUGUUGCUCUUGCAGGUUUCCUGCCCGGUACUGUGCUGGAACGACCCUGACAGAAUGUUGCUGCGCGACGUCAAAGCCCUUACUCUCCACUAUGACCGCUACACCACCUCUCGCAGGCUGGAUCCCAUCCCCCAGCUGAAAUGUGUGGGAGGCACGGCCGGCUGCGACUCAUACACCCCCAAAGUCAUACAGUGUCAGAACAAAGGCUGGGAUGGUUAUGAUGUGCAGUGGGAAUGCAAGACUGAUUUAGAUGUUGCUUAUAAGUUUGGAAAAACCGUGGUGAGCUGUGAAGGCUACGAGUCUGCUGAAGACCAGUAUGUGCUAAGAGGUUCCUGUGGCCUGGAGUAUAACUUAGAUUAUACGGAACUGGGCCUGAAGAAGUUGAAAGAGUCUGGGAAACACCAAGGCUCUUCCUUCUCCGAUUACUACCACAAGUGGUACUCGGCAGAUGGCUGCGGCACCGGCGGGCUGAUCACCGUCGUGGUGCUGCUGGCGAUCGCCUUCGUGGUCUACAAGUUGUUCCUCAGUGACGGUCAGUGCCCUCCUCCGCCUUAUUCUGAGUAUCCAACGUACUCCAGCCGAUCGCAGCGAUUCACCAACCCGACAGGACCUGCCCCGCCGGGCUUCAAGUCCGAGUUCACAGGGCCGCAGAAUGCUGGCUACGGGGCAGCUUCUGGUUUUGGCAGUGCUUUUACAGGGCAAGGAUCUGACACUUCUGGACCGGGGUUCUGGACUGGCUUGGGAACCGGAGGAAUCCUAGGAUACCUGUUCGGCAGCAAUAGAGCAGCCACGCCCUUUUCAGACUCCUGGUACUACCCGUCCUACCCGCCAUCGUACUCCGGCUCCUGGAAUAGUCGGCCUUACUCACCGCCCCGCGGGGGCUCAGGGACCUAUACUGCGUGCACGAAUGCAGAAACAAAAACCAGAACAGCGUCAGGCUAUGGUGGUACCAGAAGACGGUGAAGUAGAAAGUUGAAAUCAAGCAUUGGAUGCAAACUGAUUUUUCAUCACUUUAACUUUUAAAAAAAGUGCUACCUGCUAACAACUGUGGAAAGGGAACUACUCAGAAGCUCUGUGGUGUUUUUGUCCCUCUGUUGCUUUUUGUAUUCUGUUAUUUGAGGUUAACAGUUGAUACAUGGCAAAAUAUUGUAUGUUAACAUAACAUGCAGACUUGGAUAGCGGUUUUUGAAAGCAAUGAUUACUGUAAAAUGUUCAAAUUGUGUUUGAUUUCUAAAACCUGUGAUAAUUAAGCACCAUGAAUGAAGGCGUUACAGCAGUAGUGAUUUAGUACAAAUAAUUUUGGUCUUGGUUUUAGCUGAUGGCAUCAUUACUUCAUAAAGACAAGAACAUUCUGUUUGGUAUUCUAUUGUUUGGUGUUUGCUGUUCUUCAAACAUUUAAACCAAGCUUGGGACUACUAAUUACACUAAUGUGUGCAUUCUGAUCCCUUCAGUGGCCUGGGAAGUAUGAAUUCCCUUUCAAAGUAAAAGAUGGAAAAUACGCUUCUGGAAGGUUGAUGGGAAUAAUUGUGUGCUGACAAAAACGCUUCAAACCCUUUUAUUUCUUUAGUCUCUAAAAAGUAAAGGUCAAAGUCUUCAACAAAGGUCUUUUAAUGACAAAAGCAUGCAUUUCUAUGUGGAAUCUCAACUAUUGUUUAACUGUUUCAAUCCUAUAUUAAAGUGACAGAAUAAAUCAAAACAAACAAACAA